AACCUGCUUUUGUGAGAACACUGAGUCAAAGUAGGAAUUCAACACUUUGGUACUCACCUAUGCAAUCGGGGCCUGACAACAACAACCUUGUGAGGUGAAGAAAUGCUGGUAAUACCUCACAAGUCACCCCUUCUUCAUGGUGGAGGAGAAAUGGGUCCUGUGCGACCAGAUCAGGGCUUGGUGCCCUUCAAAGAGGUGGCCGUGUAUUUCACCAAGGAGGAGUGGUCUCUGCUGGAUCCGAGCCAAAGGACUCUGCACGAACAAGUUAUGAUGGAGAACUUUGCAAACGUGGCAUAUUUGGAAACCUGUGAUGUGCCAGGGAUUAAGGGUCAAAGAGUUCACACAUGUGAGAAGCCAUUUAAAUGCCUGGAGUGUGGAAAGAGCUUCACUCAGAGUGGACAACUUACUUCACAUCAAAGAAUUCACACAGGAGAGAAGCCAUUUAAAUGCCUGGAGUUUGGAAAGAGCUUCACUCAGAGUGGAUAAGUUACUGAGCAUCAAAGAAUUCA